AUGGCUAUCUUCAACAGUCCUCUCGUUGAACACCUUGCUGCCGCCAACGCGGCGGCUUCAUCCACAGCCCGGCAUCACAGACCACGGAUACAAUGGCCCACGGCCUUGUGUCUUGUGCUGUCGCUCGCCUCGCCUGCGCUGGCCUAUACUACCAUCGACGAGUUGCCAGAGCCGACACGGGCUCCAUAUCUAGCUGAGUCACUCUUGCUGGACACGCACAUACCAGUCUUGGACCAGGGAAGCUGGACGAUGAUGGACCCCGCGGAGAAUGAGCUCAGGAGGAGGGCUACGGCCGCGCCUUCUGUCACCACCACCUUCGAGAUCACAAUAUCACCGUCAGCAACUGCCACCUCGACGACCUCGGCUAGCCCAUUGCCGAGCCCUUUUGACGGCGGCAUAUCAAGCAACUUCACCUCAAGCAGCUGUCCGACCUUUUUCGACAGCAUGCUUGCCGAUCCUGAGCUGCAAGAAUGCUAUCCGGUUUCCCUGAUGCUCCAGAGCUCACAGUCCUUCUUUGAGGCUGAGAAGUCGCUUGUCAGCAUAUCGACAGUGCUCGAUCAUGCGUGUGAAGCAAACGUCACUCGCUGCACCGACUACCUUGCAAGAGUGGCUAAAAACUUGACCGACUCCAGCAAUUGUGGCGCUGAUUAUGAAGCGAACAAUCCGACGAUCAAGGAGGCCUACCUGGGUCUCAUCUCUUACCAAGUUGUGUACAGCGCCACCUGCCUGAAGGACCCGGACACGGCUGUCUACUGUUUUGGGAACGCGGUGACAAAUGCAACGAACCCGACAGACACAUAUUUCUAUUAUUUGCCUUUGAACUCGACUCUCCCGGGCGGCACUGUGCCCAUCUGCGCCUCGUGUCUACAGGACACGAUGGCCAUCUAUCAGGUUGCCACGGCAAACCGAAGGCAGCCAAUCGCCAAUACCUAUGAUUCGGCUGCCGACCAGGUCAACACUUUAUGCGGCCCAAAUUUUGCAAACACGACGAUGCCUGAGGCCAUAGUGUCCAGCGCCGGGUUGUCGACUUUCAGCCGAGGGCCGUCAUGGCUGCUUCCCUCGUCGAUCUUGAUCAUGGCGGCAAGUUGGCUCCUAUGA